GCGGUCACAGUCAUAAAAGCGAGCGCAAACCGAAUCCAUCGGCCAUCGAAGAAGCACGCGUGUCAACGCAACGCGAAUAAAAGAUCGAUCGAAUAAUAACUCAAACGUAAAACGUAAAACGCAAAAAACCGCAAAGACACAAAACACACAUCAAGAUGCAACUGCAACGAAUAAUUCUAUUGGUGGGCUGCAUUCUAACAGUGCUGUUGGCGCAAUGCAGCCAAACGAUAGAGGCGCGUCGACUCAUCUUCUACAAUCCGCAGAGCAAAACUUUAACUGGCCAACUGCUCAUCUCUCAUCGUGUUAAGCGUCCCUGUCCAGCCGGCAGGAUGCGCGAUCAUCGUGAUCGUUGUCGUCGUGCGGUCAUCUUUGCACGUCCCAAGUGAUGACGAACCAAAAAGCAAGAGAAAAAACAAAAAAACCGCCACUUCGCUUUUUCUGCGAGGUGGGAUUUUCCUAGAUCUAAGCGAUAAUUUAUUGCCAAUUGUGGCUGUAGUC